AUGCAGAAAAAACGCGUUCAACUAUCAUUUCUUAUACGAAAUGAAAAUGAACGUCUGCAUCGUGGUGGCAUAAAUGCACUUCGUUAUGAUGCAAAAAACGAUCGGCUUUAUACAGCUGGACGUGAUUCAAUCAUUCGUGCAUGGGAUUGUAAACGUUAUGGAUCUGAUAUGUAUGAAUAUUCAAUGGAACAUCAUACCGAUUGGGUAAAUGAUAUUGUUCUUGUUAAUUCUGGAAAACAUAUACUUUCGGCAUCAAGUGAUGCAACAAUUAAAUUAUGGAAUGCACCAAAAGGAACAUGUAUGUCAACAUUACGAACACAUAAAGAUUUUGUUAAAUGUUUGGCAUAUGCAAAAGAUAAAGAACAAGUUGCAAGUGGAGGUUUUGAUAAUAAUAUAUUUCUAUGGGAUGUUAAUGUAUUAACAGCUUUAACUGCUGUAAAUAAUACAGUAACAACUUCAACAUUUACUGGUAACGAACAUUCCGUAUAUAGUUUAGCAAUGAAUCCAUCUGGUACGGUAUUAGUUAGUGGUUCACCUGAAAAUGUCAUCCGUGUUUAUGAUCCACGAACAUGUACAUUAUUAAUGAAAUUAAAAGGACAUACAGAUAAUAUUCGUGCAUUAGUUUUAAAUCGAGAUGGAACACAAUGCAUUUCAGCUAGUUCUGAUCAUUCAAUACGUAUAUGGUCACUUGGUCAACAAAGAUGUAUUAGUAAACUUCAUAUACAUUCAGAUGCUGUUUGGACAUUAUGUGUCAAUGAAGCAUUUACAAGACUUUAUUCAAGUGGUCGUGAUAGACGUGUUUAUCUUACUGAUUUAACAGAUGCAUCAAGAAGUGUUUGUGUUUGUCAAGAAACAGAACCUGUUCUUCGAGUUGAACUUGGUAAAGAACAACAACAAUUAUGGGUUUCAACAACAGAAUCAAAUAUACGUUGUUGGAAUUUAAAAGAUAGUCUUGCAACAUUAACUCGUACGACUUAUUAUGAUGGUGAAGUGAUAUGUAAACAACCAGAUAUGAUUAUACAAGGUGGUCCAGCACUUAAACAUUAUCAUAUUUUAUCUGAUAAACGACAUAUUAUAACAAAAGAUUCGAAUAAUAAUGUUGCUCUUUAUGAUGUUUUACAAGCUAAAAUGAUAGAAAAUCUUGGUAAAUGUGAUUAUGAGGAAGAAAUACGAAAACGUACAAAAACUAUUUUUGUACCUAAUUGGUUUUGUGUUGAUCUUAAAGUUGGUAUUUUAACAAUAACACUUGAAGAAAGUGAUAUUUUUGCUGCUUGGAUCUCUGUUAAAGAAGUAGUAGAAAGUAGUCCAGCUGGAAAUACGACUGAAAUUGUUGAUAUUAAAGAAAAUUAUGGUGUUUUAAUGUUACAUUCACUUUUUGAAUAUUGGCCAAUAGUAAAACAAGCUUUAGAAGCAAAUGAUGGUUAUGCAGAACGUGUUCAUCUAGAAAAUCUUUGUCAUAUACCUGGACAUACACCUAUUUUUCUUGGUGAAAUUGGCGGUCGUACACUUUAUCGUUUUCGAUGUAAUGAAGCCAGUGGUGAACCGGAACAAAGUUUUUUACAUGAAGUGUUACCUCAAUUUAUUAUUAAUGCUAUUGUUAAACAUCAAGUUCCUCAAUUAACAAAAAUUCCAUUUAUUCUUCAUCAUCAAAUUAGUAGUACAAAAUUUAAUAAAAAAGAUCGUUUAUCAGCAAGUGAUAUUAUGAUUGUACGAAAAGUAAUUGAAUAUAUUUAUGAACGAUAUGUUCUUAAUGAACAACAGCAGCAACAACAACAACAAUCACAACAACAACAGCAACAGCAACAACAACAAAAUUUAUCUACAACAACAACAACGGGAAAUGGAACAAAUCAACAAGAUGGAACUGGUGAACAACAACGUGAAUCAGAUAUUAGUAAAAGUGUUGAUCAUAUUGAAUUAUUAUGUCAAGAUCAAGUUUUAGAUUUAUCAAUGGAUUUAAGAACUGUUAAACAUUUUAUGUGGAAAGGAGGUGGUGAUCUCGUUUUAUGUUUUCGUACUAAAUCUUAA